AUGGGCAACAACGCGAGCAGCCUGUCGGAGCUCAAUUUAUUCACGAAAGGUGGCGUCUUCACGCGCGAGCAACUCGAUGAGUAUCAGGAUUGCACAUUUUUCACGCGAAAAGACAUUAUUCGAUUGUAUAAGCGAUUUUACGCGUUGAAUCCUCACAAAGUGCCGACGAAUAUGCAAGGCAAUCGUCCAUCGAUCAUCUCGCUAACCUAUGAGGAAAUUGAGAAAAUGCCCGAAUUGAAGGAGAAUCCGUUUAAGCGGCGAAUUUGCGAGGUUUUUUCGGAGGACGGCCGCGGCAAUCUCACAUUCGACGAUUUUCUCGACAUGUUCUCCGUGUUCUCCGAAAUGGCGCCGCUUCAACUCAAAUUGAAAUACGCUUUCAAGAUUUAUGAUUACGAUGGCGACGAUCAUCUGGGACACGAUGAUUUGAGCAAAAUGAUUCGUAGUCUCACUCGCGACGAGCUCAGCGACGAAGAGGUCGAAUUCAUCAUCGAGCGCGUCAUCGAAGAAGCGGAUCUCGACGGCGACGAUCGAAUCAAUUUCGCCGAGUUCGAGCACGUCGUUUCACGUUCGCCGGACUUCAUUAGGACUUUCCAUAUUCGCAUUUAA